AUGAUGUCAUCAGAUUUGAAAAUUGAUUAUACAAGUAAGUGGUAUUACAUUAACAACACGUAUUUUAUCCUUCAAAAUGAUAAAAUUUAUAGAUCAUCUUCAAUAUCACAAGGUCAAUUUGAACAAAUUUUUCAAGCUGAUGGAGACAUCGAAGCUUUAUGUUAUGGAUCAAAUGUUUAUGUUCUCGUUUCAGGUGAAAUGGUCUAUUCAUAUCCUGUAAGUUAUAACAGACAUAUUUAUUUAUCACGGGAUUUAUCAAAUUGGGAAUUGGUUUAUUCAUUCACUCCAAAACUUACUCGAAAUUAUAGAUUUACUAAUUUAUUUUAUAUUGAUGGGUAUUUCAUUGCUUUAGGAUGUGGUGAUUUAGUAAAUAUCAGUAGUGAUGGAAGAAAAUGGUCUGAAAUCACAAAAUUUCAAGAUGUUAAAAAAGCAAUUUUCAAAAAUAAUAUGUUAAUAUUGAUGACAAUACCAAUUUUAACUUCUUACCCAGUUUCAAUAUUAUAUAAUAAAUUCAAUAUUCAUAAUGGAUUAAAGAAGAAAGCAGACAAAACUUAUGUUAACGAUGAGUUAAAUAAGAAAGCAGAUAAGAACCAUACACAUGAAUUCUUCACAACUGUUGGUAUAGAAAGUAUUGAAGGAACGGUUAAAGGAACUGAUGGGGAUGCACUAUAUUGUAAACCUCCUAACUUUCCACAAGGUUUAACAUCGGAUGACGACAUAACGACGAUGAGAAACAUUAGAUGUAAAGAUGUUUAUGUCAUGAAGGAUGAACAUAAUAUUAAAUUCACUGCUCAAGAUUUAUAUGACAAGAAAGCAGACAAAACAGAGCUUCAAACAUUAAAGACAGAAAUACUUCAAACAUUAUAUCCUAUAGGCUCUAUUUAUACGUCAAUGAACUCAACAAAUCCGGCAAGUGUUUUAGGUUUUGGUACAUGGCAACAAAUAACCGAUCGUUUCUUAUAUUGUGCUAACUCAUCAAAACAAACAGGAGGAAGUAAAACAAUUACGGGCGAAAAUUUACCUGCUCAUAGUCAUUACGUUAAUUUAAACACAACUGAAGCAGGAUGGCAUAAGCAUAGAUAUUGGGAUUGGUCAGGAAUGAUAAAAGGUAAAGGAUAUGAUGUUAAAGAUGACGUUAAAUUUGCUAUUAAUUGUUACUGGAACGAUACACAGGGUUCAGGUAAUCAUACACAUAAUGUUUCAGGAUAUACACAAACAACGGGACAGAGUAAAGAUUACAUGCCACCAUUUAUGACUGUAUUCGCAUGGUAUAGAGUUCAAUGA